AUGGAAAUCUGUGCAAUGCAUCAAGGGGAAAUCAAAUAUAUAAUAUUGGAUAAGAAUUCAGUUAAAUUGGCAUGCCCUGAAUGUAGGGAUGAAAAACUGGAAGAAGGAUCUGAACCUGAUUAAUGCAUUUUGAUAUCGAAAGUAUAUUCAACUAUAUUAUUGCAGGUUCUCAACUUACCUGAGGUUUUAUUAAGUAAGAUUAAUAUUGAUUCUGAAUUGAAAUCAUUUUUCUCUAACAUCCUCAAGGCAAAGAAAGAAGAUCUAAGUAUUUUUAAAAACUACUGGAAAAAGUAAUUAUAAGAAAUAAAGACUGCAUUAGAAAGCCUGAUAUAUGAAACCGAAAAUUACAUUGAUACGUUAACUAAGAUACUUAGCGAUUAUAGAAUAGAAUUAAAAAGAGUUAAUAUAUCUAUUAAAAAUAGAUUAUCAAAUUCGAGAUUUUCGAAUAAUACAUUAAGGCCAAUCAAAAAAAUUAAAAUUUGGAUAAGAUGGCAUCUGCAAUCAUCUACAGAACUCGCCAUGAAGUAAACUCUUAAAUAGAACUUAAAAUAUAAGACUAUAUAAACUCAAUAACCCAGGUGAACAAGGAUGUAAUCUUAAAGAUAAUUGAAGAUCAAGUUAAGGAUUAUAAGAAUAAAGUAAUCAAGUAAUUAUUUAAUCUUAAUGACUAAGUACCAAGGUUCCAUCAUCAAUAGAAAUAUUAAAUUCAUUUAAGUCUGGAUUAGAAUAAUUCUAGGUGGCAGUUACUGAAUAGUCACGGUUAGUCAAUCCACUCUUGAGUGUAUAGUCCUCCUUAUUGUCAACUUCAAAUUUCUAGGACAUUCUUUAUAAGAUCCCCAAAAAGUAGAGUGCGAAGUGUUCACUGAUUUACUAAGGAUCAAAGGAUGGGUUUGAGACUAUCAAAUUUUGGAAUAAAAUCUAAAACAAAUCCAAUCUACUCAUGAUAAUGAAAUCAAAGUCCAAUAUGUGUGUUUUUGGAGGAUAUUCGCCUUGCCAAUGGUUGAAGUCUGCUUAACCUUAAUUUAUGUCAGAUGAUCAAGGCAUUUCAUUUUUGUUUAUACAAAACCCAAAUCUUUAGAUACAAUACUAUCCAAUUAAAAGUGAUUUCAAACAUCAAGCAAUUUCUGUGAAUUAAAACUAUGGACCAUUGUUUGGUAAGAAUGAUCUGCAGAUAUUUGCUGACUUCAAAGAAGGAUACAUCAACAUAGGGUAAAAUUACUUCAAAGAUCCAAAAGAUAAUUAAUAAGGCUUCCUUUUGGUACCUAAAUUAGCAGAGAUUACGGAAUGUGAAGUCUAUGAAUUAUGA